UACCUUUAGUGGUCAGCAGACUAUAUCACAGUAGUUCGGACAUUGGGAAUUACGUAGGUGUAGGAUCAUUCAAACACCGUAUGGUGAAAACUUGUUUUUUGCCGCUUUGGGGAGUGUCCCCAAAGGUCCGAUGUGAACUGGUUGGACCGGGAUAGUUAUCUUCACUUGCCUACAAUUCGCCAUCACUGGUAGGCCUAAACGACAUCAUACUGGAGAAACACACAUCCAAAAUGGGAAUACACUUGGAUUGUAGAUCAUACUCUGGGAACCUUGGUUGCAUGUAGACAGUCGCUGACAGGAUAACCGGCCGGCGUGACCCCGGGGUCGCACGCCCAAGCUUCGUACAAGGAAAUACCUGUAUCGUUCUCAAUGGAAUUACGAUUUAAAGGAAGCAACCCCUCUAUCCACCGAAGGAAUCACCUGACGAAUUCCCAGAGUUAAGAAAAGAAGAAGAAAAGUAGGGCAUUGUCUUGACAACCAACCCGGCGUCUUUAAGCUCCGCCCAUAUAGCCAUGUCUCUCCAUGACGACAGAGGAGUCCCAAGUUCAACCUCCCAUUCUCUCGCAGUCAUUCAAGCAUCCAGACUCGGGGUAUACAGUCGUGACUCAAAGCUGGAUUUCUUUUGACCAAUAGGACAACCACUGUAAUCGUAUUGGUAGCUUUAAUUGAAACUUAAAGUCCUUUUGAAGCUGAUAAUCUCUUGUUCAGUUUUUUUUUCAAUUACAGCGGCGCACGCAACCGGCGCUGCUUUUAUUGACAGUGUUUCUUUGUAAGUUCUUCUGGAAGGGUGCCCACUCGAACGCAAACAAGUGAUCACUCUAGCGUGGUACCUACAAAACCUUGUCAUCUUUAGCCACUCACAAACGGGAAUAAAUCUUGCAUAUUUGUGGGCAGCUAUCUUUUGUGUUUUGGAUCUUUUGUGUGUUUCUGAAAUCAUUCAGAACGAAAAAAAAAACUGGAAGUAAAUCAUCGACAGUAAUGCUUCAAACCAGCAAGUAAUCAGCACUCAUGUUAUAUUUUGCUUCACAUGACAGCACGUUCGGGGCCAAAUUAACAACUAAGUUAUAAACUUGGACGUGGUUUUGUUUUUUUCAUUUAAGAUUUUUCGUGAUCGUUUUCGCUGUUCGUGAAUUUCGUCGUACCAACUGGGAAUUAUUGAUUAAACCGUCUUUGCUUGUGGAUCGAUGGGAAUAUAAAUGGUGUUUUGCCAACACGUGUAUAUAUGUCGACCGAGGGCUGAACAAGGUUAAAUACAUACGACCAGUUUCUAAAUUGAUGAGACGGCUACUGGAGUCCUAGGCUGACGUUCAUGGUCAUAAUUGUGUUCUUUGGACUUUAGCAGAGCAAACUUUGUCACGUCUGGUGUUAUCAUUUCUGAAUUUUCUCGACCUUCUUGGAGAUAUGUGGUGAUGUGUUCAGCAGGCAGAGUGUGAGUAAGACCGAAACCGUGAAUGCAGGAUCCAACUUUCUCACACAAAAGGCAACAACAUCGAAUAAUCAACAUCUGCUGCAGUUCUAUACCGCGCAUCAUGUUUGGGCAUUGUUUUCAGUUGCGGCUAUAGGAUAAUGAAAAUGAUAUUUUGGUUAUUUUUCUUCGGUGAUCGAUGAUAAAAACCCGAAUUCUCGAUGGUAGCCAUGGACGGUUUACAGACAUUGCACGACGAGCGUGCCCGGUACGACAAUCCUUACGAUGACAGGUACAACUCAACCUGGGAAGGUGCAUCCCUGAAGCCUUUCAGAACCAAAGAUGAAUACCUCUACGCGAUGCGAGAGGACCUUGCCGAGUGGCUCAGUAACAUGUACGAUCUGGAGAUCCUACCAGAGUCUUUCUUUGACAGAUUGGAAAAUGGUGCUCUUCUUUGCCAGCAUGCCAACAAAGUCCGUCGUGAAGCAAUUGCCUAUCGAUUAAGAAACUUUCCCGACGAGGACGACGUUGAGUUCGUCCAGGGAAUCUUCGUCAAACAUGACGAUUUACGAUAUAAAAUCGAUGCCAAAGCAGGAACGUUCCUUGCCAGGGACAACAUCAGUAACUUCAUCCAUUGGUGUCGGCAUUCCCUGAGGAUUAAUGAGGUUCUCUUGUUUGAAUCGGAUGAUCUUGUCUUGAGGAAGAAUGACAAGAGUUUUAUUCUCUGUCUCCUUGAGGUUGCUCGUCGAGGUGGUCCCAUCGGCAUGCCCGUCCCGAUGCUCGUACAACUCGAACAGGAGAUCGACAGGGAGCUCGAAGCCGGCACGCCAUCAGAACCGGACUCCUUUACAUCUACAGAACCAGCAUCACCAAGCUCGGAAACUACGACCGAUGCUGAACCAGAGUCCGAGGCUGAUUCUGAAGGACGUCCCAUGGAAUGUUCCUCGUCACCCGAACCAUCACCCCAGAGGAGAGGAUCAAAAGUCCCAAAGGUGAGACCUAGGACAAGGCGUUUGUCGAAACAUCAUAUCCAACAGGAAGAUGGAGGGGAUCCACCAAAACAGAUCAUGCUCAACGAUGAAGUACUCAAGACCUUGGACGAACUGGUGAGUAGAGUUCAUUCAAACUUCCUAUGUUUAUCUUCCUUUGAAUCAUUCAUGGUAUAGGUUUAUCGCUUGUGGUGUGUUUUGUAUCUUGAUGGAAGACUAGAGAGACACAUUGAAUGCAUAAGUCGUAAUCAAUUUAUGGUUUCCACUUAUUAUUGCACUCGGUGAAUUUAUAGGAACAGCCAUCAGAUAGAUGAGGGUAUGCGUAAAGUGUGGUUUGAUGAAAAGCAGCUAACAGAAUCCAUAUCAUCCAUAAACAUGAUAAAGAAAGAUCCUAUAGUUUUGUUGCAAACGCAAACCCGCUACUUAUCUCCUAAAUAAAUUCUGUAUUAAAUAAUAUGAAUAGCCUGAGUAACUUAAGUAGAAAGCAAAAUGAUUCAGCUUCUUCUUGAAAUUAAUAUUUAAAUAUUUUGGUCUAUAAAAAGUAAUCUCAGAUAAACCAAAUGACCUAAUUCUGAAAUAUAAUCCGUAUUCAUUCUCUCGAUUUAAUAUAAUGCCAUUGCAUUGUACAUUGUGCAACAAUACAAGCAAACCGUCACCAGUUGAUGGAUGUGUGCUAUUUUAUUUGUAGCUAACUCUGUGGGAGACAAGAUCUUUCAUUCGCGUGGUUCACAUCAUAAUUGUAAGAGUAAGUGGAAAAUAUUGUUAAAAAGACAAGAAUGCUGUCUUUUGAAUCCAUGCACUUUUCGACCCAAUAAAAACAGGAAGUCACUUUUGUAAGUGUGGUUGAAUAUAUCAAUAUUAAUUUGUUACUGAGUAUAGGCUUGUGGUAAUCGAAGACAAAUCAUGUUUGCUCAUCGAAGUCGUAUUAAUCAAAACAUAUCUAUUCUCUUUUCAAUGAUGGGGUUGCAGUAGAGCAUCUUAAGAGGGAAUACUGUGUAAGAGACUUUCUUUCAGUUUCACACUCCAAACAUUUGAUUUUCUGCCAAACACUCGACGAUGACAUCCAACACCCUGACCUCGGCUGAACUCUUAUCCCCCACCUUCAUGUUUUAAAAUUCUCGGUAUGUUCUGCUCCCAGCGGGACUGAUUCCAUCCAACCAUAGAUGCUUGUUAAAAAAAGAGCCCUUCUCAGAUGGCAAUGGCCUAGUUAAAGCAUGUUUUUCACCCUCGGGAUAUAUUUCAAAACUGAAACAGAAUACUCCUGCCCCUCUAUAAUGAUAAUGAUAUGAUUGCAAUUUUUGUUGACUAGAAGACACCAUACAUGAUAUUUGCAGAACUGAAUGUAAUUAAUUGAUUGGAAUUUCAAUUCACUAGCAGAAGACAUUCUCACGCUUGUUCAAGUUGCCCAAGUCUACAUGAUCUGAUUAGAAAAGUUCAUGUCGAUUAGAUUCAGUUAGGACAAUUUCUCCUCGAUAUCAGAGUUUAUUUCUAGCAAAUAUUUUAUAUUGUUAUUAUUUCCCGUUUUAAACGGUUGUAAUUUCAUCAUAUAUUUUAUACGUAUGCGUACAGGUAAUGGUCGGAAAAAAAAUUCUCAAGGGAAAUUGCGAAGGUUCAUCUGAGAAUAAAGCAAAUAGAAAUUCCGGUGCGUGAGAUGCGCACGACAAACCAAGGAUAAAAUGAAAUGUUAAUCCUGUCAUAGAAGAAACGAUGAUCAAUAUUCUUGUAAACAAGGAUUGACUUAAAAUUGUGGUUUUGAAAUAAGUUCUUGAAAUAUCCUAAGACCGGCGUAUGGCGUAGGUUUCGAUUUUUUUUCUUUCCGGGAAAUAUUGGAAUUGGAUAGAUUCUGUGCUGAAAUAAUCAGCUUAUAGUGAGGAAUAUUUAUCAAACAAAGCAGACAAUGUAGAAAAAAGUGAAACUAUCAGUGAAACGGAGAACAAUACAAUAGAGCUCUUUAUCUUGAAAUAAUUACUGAAAGGGGGUAUCUACACCUGAUGCAUAAUGUAUUACAGAAUUUGUUCGUGGUUUUAUUUUGUAUAGCUUAAAAGAAAAUUUUAUUUAUGAAGGAUAAUGAACUUUGAGAAUCUGGCUCAUUUUUUAUUCGUUUUGUUGAUCUAUAUCUUCUAUAACAAGUGUUCAGAGAAAUAGGGCUUGACCUGAACUUCAGCCAACUCCUUUCCGUUAAAGACUGUUGUUAUCCAGGACGCGUGCUGACUUAAUUAUCUGAUUUUCUUUACCGUGGUUUUGAGGAAAAGUCUAAUUCGAUUAGCAGGUUGUUUUGGUCGCCCCUUGUUCAGUGUGAUUCCUUUGUUUUGUUCGCUGCAGGUUAGAAGUUGAACUUGAGGUCCACAUGAAUAGAAAAAAUUUUGCAUCUAAAGAUGUUUUUCCUGUUCCAUUUUAUAGUAUGGUGUUUUUUCUAAAUUAUUGGCUGUUGUAUACAAAAGUUUGCAUGCAAAGUUUUAUAUAUCAAUACUGAGCCAUGCAAACACCGUUCUUUCAUGAAGACCAAAAUCCACUAAUUGAUGCAGGCAAAUAAAAUUCGAGUCCAUUAAUGUUACCUUAUUUGAACACAGUAAUUACAUCCUUGCAAGGUUGAAAUGUUUUUGCAGUGUGCCGCUCUGUAAUUAAAUAGUUGGUAGUCUGAUUUUGGCCAAUUCGUUUGUCCCUUUUAAUGACAAUUACAUUUCCCCCAAAAUUUAAUUGUUUUUAGAUAAAAACUACCCAAUGCAAGUAGUUUACGAUGGUUGCAGAGGAAGUACAAUUUAUCAUUUUACCAUUUUAAUCUCUAUGGCUUCUUAUAUUUCGACUAAAUAUUUAGGGAAAAGGACUCUGGCAGUGAAAUGACAACGCAAUAUUAUCAGCAUUCACUGUGUAUGCUCAGGUCAGCAUCGGUCAUUAAAUUUCAAUUCUGUCGUUCAAUUUGAUGACAAAAAGGUCACUUCAUAGGCUAUCCCUUCUGAACGACAAAUCUUCGUAACUGAUAUAGCCUUUAGGAGUGUGGAAAUUUAAGGAGGACGAUGACAUCUCGAGAUUCGGGAUAGCCACUUCUUGACUUCAGCCAUCCGUGAAUGUGCUUUAGAAUGGUCAUGGUCAAACCCGUCUCGUUUCUCAAGCAGUAGUUGAAGAGAGAGAUAAGUCCAAGAUUUCUGCAGGAGUUUGGCCCGCGGAUGUCGCCAUUGCCCUUGUGAGCAACAUCCCCAGCCUGGUCAUCGGACAGAGUUAUUUGAUCAAAAUAUACUGUUCUUUGCCGAGGGCGAGGGAGAGGUUACACGGGGAGGGGGAUCGAAAUAAACUGUAGAACCAUGUCGAUGAAAUCUAUUUUCGAUAAUCAAAUGUAUGUUCUUUACUGGGUGGUCUGGUAAUGCCGUUCGUAUGACGUUGAGUAGCGGAUAUUGGGAUAGAACACGGGAAGGCAACAGGCGACAGAUCAACCUUAGAUCUGGCAGCUCCUUGGGUUAUCCCGUUCCUUGACACCUGAAGUAGUUAAUCCCAGGUGUUAUGACGAACCGCCAUAGAACCCCCCAACAACGUGAAUGAUUAAUUGCUUCAUGUCCAGUACUUAAUCCUGGUGCUUUUUAUGGUAUAGGCCUACAGAUGUAUGUCUAUUUCAGAUUGGAAAGUGGAAACCAUGUCGCCUCAAUGGCUUCAAAUAAUGAGUUCUUUCCCGUAGUCCGUCAUUAUAGCCAUAUUGCUGAACAUUGACAGGUGUGACUUCUGAGAGGUAAAAGGUGGUUGCACACUCCUUAAAGGAUUAACACUUAGAACUACGUUGUACCCAAUGAAAAUGUUCUACAUUUGUAAUAAGAUGACUUUGUGUUUCCAUUUUCCUUGAUCGUACACCUGUUUGACUAUAAAGACCUUUGGUUUGACCGAUUCUGUAAGUGUGGUUGUGACAGGAUAUGAGGCACUUACACCACCAUUUUCUUUGAUAUCAUUUGACGAGAUUGUAUUCCAUAUACAAAAUAACGAGAGGAAAAUAAGUUCUCGAGACGGAGUAGAGGGACGAAGGAUGGGAGACCUUGGGUAACAAAAGUUUUGUAGAAAAGUCUUACCUAACACUACCUAACGAGGUCCAUGAUGGCAUCCAAGGUCGUUCACAUCUCCAUGAGGUCACAAGAAUGUGUCCCCAACCUUUUGGCCCAGGUAUCACUUGAUAUCAGUCAUUUAUAAUCCAGUACAUCAUCAUCCAUCACCGGCGUCAUCACUUUGGUAACGUCGUAGAAAUGAACUCGCGAAUGUCGUUUGCCAUGGAAUUAUUAUUUUAAACAUUUACCCCACUAGUUUCUUUGUUGUUCCGACCUCCCCCCCAUGAAUCCGCAGGUAUAUAUUUGGAUGUCUCUCAAAAUACAUUUAUACAUCAUUUCCUAUUAUGAACUAGGCUCUGACUCGCUGUUGGCGAGACUGUGGACCAAAUGCUUGAUGGAAUCAUGAUAUGACAUGUAUAAACUGUCACAAACAACCAAUGUUUAUCAAGCUAUGACCAAGAAAAAGAUUACCAAAGCAAAACUUUAAUAUUAUAAGUGUUAUUUUGUAAUAUAAAAGCAACAAUAGGUGUAUUUUCACAGUAAAUCUCGCAUUCUGAUGGAAUAAUAUUCCAUAUCAAAUUAAACGUCGAAACCAAUUUGAAAAUUCAUGCUUACGUGUGUCCUCGUCUGUGCGGAGUUUUUAGUCUCACCCAAAAGACCUUUUAUUUUAACUUGACGUUUUCGAAACGAAGUAUGUCUACCUGUUGUAUCAUUGCUAUCAUGGUUAUUCAUCAUUUUUAAUGCUUUUGAAAUGAGAUCGGGUUUUCUACACUUUUGUUCAUUUUUCUUUAAUUAUUGUUGUACGCGAUCUGUCAAUGGAAAUAAAACAAUGGUUUUGGGCUGAAGUGGCGAAAAAUCGUUUACAUCAGGGGGUCAUUGUUAACGAUCAGGGGGUCGUAGAGGGAAUUGAACACGUCUUCCAGGUGUACUUGACUUUUGCUCUGAACGGCUGAAUUUAUUGGCCAAAUUAUCUCACAGGGGCACAUGAAAUAUUGCUUAAAAUAUUGAAUAUGACUUAUGAAAAACGUGAAUCAAGGAAUCGGAGACAAAUGUAUCUCUCAUUAUUUGUCACAUAUAUGCACUAAUGCCAUGAAAUAUAAAAGUUCCGAGUAUACAAUUAAUAUUCCAAAAGAAAACAAGGUAUUGAAAUAGUAAUGCUCAACACAAUCAAAGAAAAUGGUCUUGAGAUGGUAUUAUACAUAAUUCUGUAGGAGUUUGUGAGCAAAUUUCUGUUUACUUCCUGAUUUACCCAAGUUGGUCCGCUUACUGCGUUCCUCAAGACAUGAAGCUUCUUAAAAGUUUAGCCUUUGUGACGACACUCGAGAGACAUGAAAUGACAAUUGUCGCUUCGGAUUAGAAUUUUCUUAUAUCUGUUUCACCCACAGUCCCCACAAUGGAUGUCUCUUUGAGAUAAUCCGAUUUCUAGUUCUCUAUUCCUUUCUCAGUCGUUUGAUAUCUCAAGGAGUCUCCGUCCUACCGAUUACUAGAUGACGAAACCAAGCAACGUCUGUCUUCUUGAUCCGUGAAAAUGCAACGAAAAAAAAAUGUUUGACAGUCAUAUAGACAGUCAUGAAUAUGUAUUUAUGCAAAACCGUAAUGUUAAAACAACACAAUCGGUGUAAAGCUAUUUCAAGCAUGUUACAGCAUUGUUCAUGUUGUUGAUUUUAGGGUGUUGACAUGGCUAACACUCUGUCAGUUGCUGUAACACAUUUUGCUAUUCAGUGCUGGAUUCAGUUUUUCAGGAUGUCUAUGGUGCGUCCCGUCCCCCCCCCCCCCUUCAUUAAACCAUGGACCUAUCGUAAUAGGUCCAUGAUUAAACACACACCUUGACUUUACCCAUGUACCCAUCCUUACCGAAUCCUCCUUUUCACAGUCUA